AUGUCGAACCGUCGCGUGCCCCUCGCAAACCUCCAGAAUGCUACAAAUUCUCCUCUCCGCGCGACUGCCAUCGGAGGAAAGCGCCAACGCUCUCACGCGAGUGAACAGCGUGAUAUGCCCUACGGCCAGCCACCAUCAAAGAAGCAGAUCAUCGAAGUCGACGACGCAGAGGCUCGCCGCCAUGGACUAGUUCGCCGGAGUGGGGCCCAGCCCACUGCCUUGACCCGGAAGCUUGAAGCUGCCAGGGAGAACAAGGUGCCCGCAAAACAGGUGGAGAGAGUGCAGCGAGCAUCAAACGACCUCGAGACUAUAAGGCAAUGGCAGCGUCAUUACCGCAAGCUGUUUCCUCAAUUCGUCUUCUACUUUGAUAGCGUGUCCAACCCACAGAAGGACAAGCUCAUGAGCAGAGCCCAGAUCCUUGGAUCACGUGAGGUUACCUUCUUCUCUCGAGAAGCCACCCAUGUCAUCACGACGCGUCCAAUCCCCGCCGACCUCGAUUCGAGCUCCUCAUCGCACUCCAAGGGCACUGUCAACCCAGCCCAGCUCGAGAACAAGAAGUCGGUAUUCGAUGCUGCUCUUCAGAAGUCUAGCCGUGGGGACAUCCUGUACAAGGCCAAAGAGCUGAACAUGAAGAUAUGGUCUGUCGAGAAGCUGCAGCGAAUGGUGGACACCAUGUUCAACAAGGAAACCGGCGAGGAUGCUUCAAGUCACCCUACGCGUCAAGGCGUCGCCGCACUACAGCAGAAGGGUCGCCCAGCGGAUCUACAGAGGCUGCUACAAAAUGAGAAGAUGGACCGUGACUAUGUCAUCGCCUCGCAGGAUAUGAUCCCGUUGCGCGGAUACUACAUCUAUGUUCACGACAUGGACGAGGCCACACGACCUGUGAUGAUUCGAGAAUAUCAGAAGGUCGAGAAAGAGAAGGGCAAAUGGCCACAGUUCCGUGCUUCAGGCAACGGCAAGUGCCCCUUCGUUGAGGAUCCCCAUUUUGGCCGUCGACAACUAGAGGAACAAGAAGCGCGUCGCGUAGCAAGAGUGGUGGCAGCAGCUCCUCGAACGCGUGCAGCGUCAGCGUUGGAAGAAAAAGCCGCUUUGGGUGAGAACAACAAUCUGGCCAGGCGACCUAGUGCCCCUGCCGCGUAUGUCAAGGAAGAGGAUGAAGAUGCGAAACCGUUGGAUCCUCCGAAAGCGCUUCCACCGAAGCGUACGAGCACUGAUGGUAUCCCGCCUAUGUUUGGCAGUGCUCAGGCUAGUAUCCGAGCCAUGCCUCGAUUCAUUGCCGGAGAGCCAGUCGCUUCUGGUCUCCAAGCAUCGAACAUCACCUCCGCUAUCCGAUCUCAGAUGAUCUCCUCGACCGCUGCUGGACCCCGUGCUGGAAACAGUAAGGAGGUUAAUCAGCUGAAGCGAAAGGUUCUUGAGAAGAAUAGCGCACCAUCGGCAAACAGUGGCCAUUCAUCUGUCAUGAACGAUGUGCGGGCGGCACUGAACCAGGAACAUACCGAACCUAUACGAGCGGCCAAGCGUCGAGCUCAAGAGAACCUUGGUUUCAUCCGCGAGGAUGGUGACGAAGAGAGACAAGCUCGCAAGGUCGCUGCCCUCCGCAGACGCAAGACGGCUGAGAAAGAGCUUAAGCCCGGUUACUGUGAGAACUGCAGGGAGAAGUUCAACGACUUUGAUGAGCACGUUGUCUCUCGCAAACAUCGCAAGUUCGCAGCAACCACUGAAAACUGGGCCGAACUUGACCAGUUGCUCGCCCAGCUCGAUCGCCGAUGA